AUGAUUCCUGCCGCCUCGAACGCGUUGGGUAACGGCCGCCAUCGCCGUCAAAUUUCUACCCCGGCUCCAUACGAGGUCCCCACAUCGGCAAUCAUGCACCAACGUCGGUCACAUCGUCGCGGCCAAACUGUGGACUACGGCUCCUUUGGUUCACAGGCCGCCAUUGAUCGACAAUAUAUGCCUAAGACGGUUUCGCAGCUGCGAGACUACUUUAACGAAAAAUCAGGUUACCCAUUCCAACAGCGGGAUGCUCAGCAGUAUCAACUAUAUGCCCAGCAGCCCGAGCAGUCUUACUUCCCACCGGCGCAACAGCUCUAUCAAUAUCAAACUCAGGCCUCGCUCGGUGCUGAUUGCCAGGCUUUCACACAAGAUCAAUUGCAGGCGAUCCACACUAACAGCCCUGUGCCGUCGUCCGUUGGUGCCCCAGCUUUGUCAAGGUCAGCUAGCGACAGCUCCGAAAACACACCAUUGAAGCUAGCUUUGCACCGGAUGCAGCAAGAACAAUACUCGAGUCAACAGCACCAACAAUUUUCUGAUAAUGCCGAUUGGGAGUUGUUUCCUCAACGCGAUAUCCCAAUAGUUAAAAGCGAUCCGGUGACGGCCUAUGCUGGCCCAAUGCAUCCAGUAUCUGUUCAGCCCAAGGCUCCUUCUGCUAGAAUCUUGUCGCAAAUUUCUACUGCUUAUAAUUCCCCUUUAACCCCCGAUUCUACCCCUUUGAAACGAUCCAUUGAUUAUUCCAUGUACAGCAAUGAUCCAACACCUUGCAAGUCCCAAAGUGUUUCAUUUCCCCAUACACCAGUCUCUGCUGAGAUGCAAAGAGCUCAGUCUCUGCAAGGAAUGCCUUGUGUCAGUCCUUCGCAGAUGAAGCAACAAAUGCCCUCUCCCGCCAAUUCCCCAAGUCUGUCGUCAUUCACUGAGCUUGUCGAUAUGCCAUCGCCAAACUCCUAUGGAGUCACGCCUCAGAAGGCCAUUGUGUCAGCCCCAGCCUCCGCCGAUAGAGUCAAGAAGCGAUCGCUAUCCACCGUGUCUUCGCCAAGCAUGCCAUCUGCCCGCGAUGGGGACCUUGAUGCCAGAGUCAAGGCAUCGGUCCAGGAGACCGGUGUCUCAACCGACGAGAUCGCUAAAUUCAUUUCCGGUCCGGAUCCCAAAGAUGGCAAAUGGGUAUGUCUUUUCACUGACUGCCUCUGUCGAUUUGGUCGCAAAGAAAACAUCAAGUCCCACGUGCAGACACAUUUGGGAGACCGUCAAUUCAAGUGCGACAUUUGUGAAAAGCACUUUGUUCGUGGCCAUGAUCUCAAGCGUCACCUGAAGACACACAGUGGAAACAAGCCGUUUGCUUGCGCCUGUGGUGCUAGCUUCGCCAGACAGGACGCCCUCACUCGCCACCGUCAGCGUGACAUGUGCGUCGGCGGCUUUACUGGUGUCGUUCCGAAAACCACCAAGCGAGGUCGGCCCCCAAAGAAAAACAAGAACCGUCCUGAUAUCGACACUCGCCAAGCCAAAUCAACUCGUACUCGUCAACGCGUUGCUGAAAAAGUGACAUCGAUCGUCUCUGCUCCCACACUUCCAACCCUGCAAGAUGCUCCCGUGUUCAACUCCCCCAAUUAUGCUCCUUCCACCGCCCUCUCGUCAUUCACUCCGCCUGCUUCCCCUGGAGAGACAUAUUACAACAUCUCCUCGCCGUCCCAUGCGUAUCAUUCAUUCGAUUCCAAGGUCGAGGAUGAUAUGCUGCCAUUGUCACCACCCCAACUCGCUCAUGCUAGAUAUGAGCAGGCAAUGGCUCAGUAUGGGUCCAACUUCGGAUCCCACACGUACUCGCAGGAAUCUCUCUACAGUGACUCUGCUCUUUCGCCUCGGGAGAUGUCCUCCCCACACACGGCACCCACCCUAGCAGAGUCAUCAGUUGGCUCGGAGAUUGAUAUAUUCAUGACGCAAGACCCUUCUGAUGACUUACGGGAGGAGUUCGGCCAUCUUGCCCAGUCUGGUCUUUCUGGAUUCACGAAUUACUCAUUCGUUGAUACCACAGACUUCGCCUCUGGCUCGUCUUUUUACCCCACAAAGUCUUUCUCCGGUCUUUCCAGUCUCGACGAUGACCUAGCAGACCCAAUCGACUGCUUGUCUAGCGAAUUCCUUGUCGACCCUUGA